CCCGUCGCGGCGGCGGGGUCCGGCCCAGCCCCACGUGAGACGGCCCCGCCGCCGGGAGUCACGGGGCAGGCGGGCCGCUGCCAUGGAGCUGCCUGCCGUCAGCCUCAAGGCCAUCAUUCUGGUACACUGGCUGCUCACAAUGUGGGGGUGCAUGAAUUACUUCUUUCCAGCCUCCUAUGUCUGGGGAAAUUUCAGUGUACUUGCGGUGGGGAUCUGGGCCAUUGUGCAGCGAGAUUCCCUUGAUGCCAUCGUGAUGUUCCUGACUGGCCUGCUGCUCACAGUGCUCACAGACAUCAUUCACAUCAGUGUCUUCUACCCCCAAAAGAACAAUCUCACGGACUUGAAUCGUUUCAGUGUAGGCAUGGCCAUCCUCAGCCUCCUUAUCAAACCUGUGUCCUGCUAUUUUGUGUAUCAUAUGUACCGGGAGCGUGGAGGAGAGUACACCUUUAACAUAGGCCUCAUCCGUGCAGGCCAGGAUCGUAGCAGCUACGAGCCAAUCGAUCACCAGGAUGCCUCUCCUCAAUGGCCUGAUGUAAGCAAGUCAGCCCAGCAUCCAUACUGAGGCCCUCACCUGGAAUAGUGAACAGAUGCCUCCCUCGCCCAGUACAGCCUUACAUUCCUCCAAUAUCUGUUCUGAUGGAGCAAAACCUGCCACUGAGCAAACAGAAGAAGAUCUGAUUUUACUACUUCUGCCUCCCUGAAGGUUAGGCAGCUGGGUUCCUGCAGUAAGUGCAGAAGAUCUUAGAGAUGCCAUGCUAAGUGCUGUGACUUUGUAAUCGCCAUACACUCUCCUUCCUCCUCCUAAAUCUCUUCUCUGUCUGUGUGAGUGGAAGCACCUUCUGCAGUCCACCAUGGCUUGUCCUGUUUGUGCCCUUUAAGUAAGGGAAUCACUCAAAAUAUUCAUGGACAAGCUGACUUUAAAAGACUCAUGAUCUGCCUUCAAACAAUACAGUAUUUUAACCUGGUCAUAUGCAGAUACAUCUCCAGUAAAUGUCUGGGAGUUCUAGAGGACUGGUUUUAAUCAUAUUAUUUAACUAAGAUUUAUGAUGCAAAAUCCCCAUGCUAACUCUGGUGGUUUGCACACAGCUAGGGUUUGUAUAAAAUGCUGUUACUGGGCCAGGGAGCUGCUUGUGCUUCCAGUAUCUAGCCUUGGGUUUUAUUCACUGUUGCUUAUAUGCAAGUUGAAUGUCUUUCAGGAUGUUAAGAUGUCCUUAAAACGACUGUUAAAUGUAGGUUGCAGGUACUGUGCCUUGAAAUGUCUUUUUGCCUUCAGCUGCCUAUCUUAACAGAACUUGAAAUGUUACAUUUUCCUAAGAAAACUAUAAAAUGAACACAGUUCUGUGGUUUUUUUUUUCUUUUUUUUUCCUAAAUCACUGGUCACCUAUGUGUCAUUUGAAAAUGUAGAUAUUCCUGAUGGGUUGAGACUAUAGCCAGGGAGUCUGGGAAAGUCAUUACAGGAGGAGAUCUGCAGGGCUUUGAUGGGUUUUAGUCUAAGACUUUACUCAGAAAAGUAGAGGGUACUGCACAGCAGAGCACGGGCAAUGAAGGUGGGCUAGUAAGUUAAGACUGGGGAAAUGAAAAAUGAAGUUUGUGGAACUUCUUACACUGCAGUGAUGAACUCCUUGAGGUGUUACAAACCUCAAAUUAUGAUCUUACCCACAAUAAAUCCACCCUGCUGUAGCUUUCAGUGUAAAAUCCUAAAAAAGAAAAAGGUGUCCAAGAGGUUUCCUUAAAAGAAAAAGAGCAUGUGAACAGUGAAAAUACUAGUACUGGGAAGAUCUAUGGUUUUCUGAAGCAGGUUCACUUUUGAAUUAUACAUGUUAUUCUACAGUUGCAUUUUUCUGACAAGACUUGCUGCUGCAUUGACUCUGCAGUGACCACAAGUCCCCAUUAAUUUUGUUCUAACCUCUAGAACCAUGAUAUUUGUAGGUUUAAAAACAAGCAGUUUCCUCCCCCUCUGAGUUUCAUCACUUGCAUCAACAGAUGCUUCAUCCACUAUGCUACACAAGCAGUGCAGUGAUCUGCAGCUGUCAUCAUUUAUGCUUGGACCAAGCACAUGUUAAAUGCCAUAAAAGUGCAAUAGUCUGAUUUA